AUGACUCGUCUGAUCCACGUGCUCCUAACAGCAGUUCUGCUGCGCGAAGAGCUUGCCGCACCUGCCGUGGAGUCUCCAGGUGAUUUGAUCAAGCCAACUCACUCUGAAGGCUCCAAGCCGACGGGGAAAGGCACCCCUACGACACCUUCAUUGCCUCCUUUUACCAUUCCGACUGGAAAAGGAAAGUCCACGCCGACCGGCAAGGGAAAGUCUUCACCGACCGGCAAGGGCAAAUCGACGCCGACUGGCAAGGGGUGGCCGACGGGGAAGUCUACUUCUCCACAAUUCGCUAUUCCCACUGGAAAGGGCAAAGGAAAGCCCACAUUGACUCUCACCGGCAAAUGGCCAGGUCCCACGGGUGGCUUCGGUAUUCCACCUACUGAGGAUUAG